CAAAUCAGAACUACUUUCGAAGCUUGUAAGAUUCAGUGAGAGAGAGAGAGAACCCUCUUUCAUCUCUCUCUAGCCCUCACACACAUUACACAUACAUACACAUUGUGUGUGUGUAUAUAUAUAAAGGAAAUGAGGAAACCUAUAGGAGGUGCAAACGAGCUGAAUAGCAUGAUGUCGAAUGCGAAUGUUACGACAGCGACGAUGAAGAUGAGAAAAGGGUUGUGGUCACCAGAAGAAGAUGAGAAGUUGAUGAACUACAUGAUUACCAACGGCCAAGGCUGCUGGAGUGACAUAGCUCGUAAUGCCGGUUUGCAAAGAUGCGGUAAAAGCUGCCGGCUCAGGUGGAUCAAUUACCUGAGGCCGGACGUUAAACGUGGCGCCUUCUCGCCUCAAGAAGAAGAACUCAUCGUUCAUCUUCAUUCCCUUCUUGGCAACAGGUGGUCCCAAAUUGCAACAAGAUUGCCUGGUCGUACCGAUAACGAAAUCAAGAAUUUCUGGAACUCAACAGUGAAAAAGAGACUUAAAAAAUCAUCAUCAAACUCGUCGUCACCUAACACAAGUCUUGAUUCAUCAUCUUCUGACCACAAGGACAUCAUGGGGGGACUCAUGUCAAUGCAAGAUUCUAGCACCUUCGCGGCUAUGUACAUGGAUUCAUCACAACGGUCAUCUACUUCGUCGUCCUUGCAAGCCAUAUACAUGAAUCAAACGAUGGAACGAUUUCCACAUACCGGAGACCAUGGCCCCAACAUGCCCAUCUUGAAUGCAUCAUGCUAUGGUACACCACAAGUUGGUAUGGAUGAUAAUGAAAUUAGUUACCAAGGAUGUUAUCAAAUCUUUGGGGGGAAUUUAGGGUUAGAGGAUGAGAUGUUUAACAUCCCACCAUUAGAAAACAUGACAAAUAAUAAUAGUACUCAAGGUAUAAAAAGGGAAAAUCUUGAUGACACAAACAACUCAAUGAUCAUAACCAACAACAUGAACCAAUGUUACAACAAGGUACAAGCUAUAACAGAAGGGUUCGAAAACUGUUGGGAGGGUGAAGAUGAACUAAAAGUUGAAGAAUGGGACUUUGAAGAACUCAUGAGAGAAUCUUCCAUGUUCCCUUCGUUUGAUUAAAUCUUACAGAAAGUAGUUUUUUUUUAUAAAUUUUCCUCAAAUUUCUUUUGCCAUUUACGGAAAGUGGACAUCUUUUAAUUUUCAUAUUUUAUAGCUAUAUGUUCAAGAUUGUAGAAUAAAAUGGCAUCGGAUAUAGGUACGUGUAAUGGGGCCAUUGUACAAACUCUAUUGUAUAGAUAUCAAAGUGUACAUGUACCUCAAUACCUCAUCAUGCAAGAAA